CACGUGAUCCGGGGAAGGGUUUCUCUCGGGCAAUUUCCGUCGCUUCUUCUAAGGAGAGCUCGCGCUGCUCCCGAUUGGUUUCUCUCUCUCUUUUCUCGUCCGCGCUUCUGUUCUCUCGAUGCCAUAUUUUCGUUCUGUUGGAGUGGAUUUCUGGCGAACUCGCUAAUGGCAGAUUUCUAGGGAGACUUUUCGUGCGGAAGACGUCUCGUUCGACCGUUGGAAUAGAGGAGUGGUGUCUGCUUCUGAACGGUAGGGCGUCGAAUCUCAAUCGGUUUAGGGUUUUAUGUUUUUGGCUUCAGGGGUUUUAAUCAGCUCAGGUAUUCGUUGUGAUAGCUAGAGUUUGAUGGAUUCGAAGCGGGAUGGGGCGGUGAUCGGGCCAUUGAGGACGAGCGAUCGGCUGCGGCAGCGGCGAACGAUGUAUAGGCACGGGACUUAUUUAUAUUACAAUCCGCUGAUGCGGAAGAAGAACAAGUCUAAGAGGAGGACUGCGGCUUCGCAGAUUGCGAAGAUGCUGCGGCCAAGGAAUCGGUCAAGCCGCGGGCCUCAUUUAGAUCCUGUUGCAAAAAAUCUUCGCCGCUCUACAAGGAAAAGAAAACUUUCUAUUAAUCUAGAGGAGUAUGAAACAGACAGUUCCAGAACAGAUGAUGAUUUAAUGGCCCCGAAGUAUCGUUCUUCUAGAAGCAAGGUAGAGAACAAUGCCAGCCAUGAUGAACUGUCCAUCUCCCCCAGGGAUAGGAAGAUACGGAACUCUAAGAGUCUUCCACAACGUGAGAAUCCUAGCCAUAACGAAUUGUCUGCCUACCCUAGGAGUAGGGGAAUGCUGAAUUCUAGGAGUCUUCCACGACGUGAAGGCCUCCGACCGAGAAAAUCUGUUGGAGGGACAGCAGUUCAACGAUACCAACAAUCUGAAGAUGAACAUGAAAGUUCGGAAGAACAAGAAGAACAGGAAGAGGAGCAGGAUGAAGCAGAAAAUGGAAAUGCUGUUGAGGAUGAUGGGGAGGAUGAAGCUGAUGGUGAUGGAGGUGAUGAGGUAGAACUAGAUGAGGAUGAUGAAGAUGUUGAAGAACAGGAUGGGAGGAGGAGAUAUGAUUUGCGGGAUCGUGCAGAGGUUAGAAGAUCGACACUUGACAAGGAAGGAAAACAAACACCUCGCAGGAUACUGCAUCAUGGAAUGGGUACCAAAAACAACAAGGAUGCAAGGAAAGGAGGGCCUCGAGUUCACAAGAAGCAUCGUUUUUCAAGAGUUGAUGAUUCAGAUGAUUCUCUUCUUGUGGAUGAGUUAGACGAAGGCCCAGCUAUACCAUGGAUGCGGAGUGGAAAAGGUGGAGCUCCAUGGCUCUUUGGUGGUCUUGAUAUGCAUGGAACAUCAGCAUGGGGUUUGAAUGUUGCAGCAUCUGGUUGGGCUCAUCAAGGUGACACAUUGGCCUCUCUUACUUCAGGUGUUCAAACUGCUGGACCAAGUUCAAAGGGAGGGGCAGAUGUUCAGCCUUUGCAGGUUGAUGAAAAUAUAAGUUUUGAUGACAUAGGAGGCCUGUCAGAAUACAUUGAUGCAUUAAAAGAAAUGGUUUUCUUCCCCUUACUUUACCCUGAUUUCUUUGCAAACUAUAGCAUUACUCCCCCUAGAGGAGUCCUGCUUUGUGGCCCUCCAGGCACAGGUAAAACAUUGAUUGCUAGGGCACUAGCUUGUGCUGCCUCAAAGGCUGGUCAGAAAGUUAGCUUUUAUAUGCGGAAGGGAGCUGAUGUUCUUAGCAAAUGGGUUGGAGAAGCAGAGAGGCAGCUGAAAUUACUUUUUGAGGAAGCUCAAAAAAAUCAGCCAUCAAUAAUCUUUUUUGAUGAAAUAGAUGGCCUUGCACCAGUUAGGUCCAGCAAGCAGGAACAGAUUCACAAUUCUAUUGUUUCAACUCUACUUGCUUUAAUGGAUGGUCUUGAUUCACGCGGACAAGUUGUUUUGAUAGGGGCAACUAAUAGGAUUGAUGCUAUUGAUGGAGCAUUGCGUCGUCCUGGCCGAUUCGAUCGAGAAUUUAACUUUCCCCUUCCUAGCUGCAAGGCACGUGCAGAAAUAUUGGACAUUCAUACGCGAAAAUGGAAGGAACAUCCUUCAGAAGAGCUAAAAGGGGAACUUGCAGCUAGUUGUGUAGGAUAUUGCGGAGCUGAUUUGAAAGCUUUAUGCACAGAAGCUGCCAUCAGGGCAUUCCGUGAGAAGUAUCCUCAAGUCUACACUAGUGAUGAAAAGUUCAUCAUAGAUGUCAAUUCUAUUAAUGUGCAAAAGUUUCAUUUCCUGGAAGCUAUGUCUACAAUCACUCCUGCGGCUCACAGGGGUUCAAUCGUGCAUUCAAGGCCACUAUCCCCCAUUGUUUCUUCAUUUUUACAAAGUCAUCUCCAGAGAAUCAUGAAGCAUAUAGGUGAAAUAUUUCCUUUUCUUUCAAAUUCAGAUAUCAGCAGGCUAUCUGUUUUCUCCUAUGGUCCUACAAUCCCUCUUGUUUAUAGGCCCCGUCUCCUGAUUUGUGGUGAUGAAAGUUCUGGGCUGGAUCAUAUUGGGCCUGCUAUAUUGCAUGAAUUGGAGAAAUUUCCAGUUCAUUCUCUUGGGCUUCCUUCUCUACUUUCUGAUCCAAGUGCAAAGACACCAGAGGAGGCUUUGGUACAUAUAUUCAGUGAAGCAAGAAGAACAACCCCAUCGGUUCUUUUCUUGCCUCAGUUUCAACUGUGGUGGGAAACGGCUCAUCAACAGCUCAAGGCUGUCUUGAUGACCCUUUUGGAGGAAUUACCAUCACAGCUUCCUGUCAUAUUAUUGGGAACAUCCUCAGAACCAUUGUCAGAGCUAGAUGGAGAUUCAACUUACAUAUUCUCUCCUCGCACUGUGUAUGCAGUGGACAGACCAACCGUAGAAGAUAGGUCCAAGUUUGUAGAGCAAGUUGUUGAAACCAUCUUCUCCAUCCCAAAAGUAUCAGCAAGAAAAUCUAAAGAGUCAGCCUCCGUUCCUGAGCUUCAGAAGGCACCAAAGGAACCAAGUCACCCUAAAACAUCUGAGUUGAGGGCCAAGGCAGAAGCUGAGCAACAUUCCCUCCGCCGGUUGCGUAUGUGCCUCCGUGAUGUUUGUAACCGGAUUUUGUAUGAUAAACGGUUCAGUAUGUUUCACUACCCAGUCUCAGAUGAAGAUGCUCCAAACUAUCGUUCCAUCAUCCAGAAUCCCAUAGAUAUGGCUACUAUUUUGCAGAGAGUGGACUCUGGACAGUAUUCUACUCUUUCAUUCUUUGUACAAGACGUUGACCUAAUUGUCAUGAAUGCUAAGGUUUUUAAUGGAGAUGAUUAUAAUGGUGCUAGGAUUGUUAGCAAGGCUUACGAGCUCCGUGAUGCGGUGCAAGGUAUGUUAUCACAAAUGGACCCAGCUUUGGUCUUAUCCUGUGACAAAAUUGCUGCACAAGGCGGCCCAAUUCAUAUACCAGAUGAUGUUUGUGGAUUGAGUAUUCCAUCAGCACCUGUUGUUCAACUUACUGCUGUUACUAGAUCGAGUGCACGCCUUCGCCACGCGCAGCCAGAAGUGAACUUGUCACAAAGUUAUGAUGCGUUAAAAAAGCCAAGAAAAAAUGUAGACAAUGAGCAACCAGUUUCAAAUGCUGAAGACAAAUCAAAGGGUGCAAUGGAAACAGAACCAUCAAACCCAACAAGCUCCAUUAUAAGUUCAGCCCAAGAAGCAGAAGCUGAUGGAGCUGAAAACCCUCCUGAUUCUGAACUUACAGAAGCAUCAGGAAUGGAUGCCAGCAUCUCUCAGGACGAGUUUCAUCGAGAUUCCGAGACGAACGAUGCCGGCAUCGCAGACCAGAUCAGAGCAGUCAAGAGCAGGUUGAUGGAGCGCAGUGAAGGUUAUGGGGUGCCACAGCUGGAGAGGCUCUACUGCAGGCUCAUCAGAAGUGUUUUGGAAGUGAAAAUACAAGGUAGUGAGACUCACAGACUUUCAAUUUUGCGGCAUUUGUUGCAGUUUGUUGAAGAUGAAGAGAAUUUUUGAAUUUUUUUUUCAUAGAUCAUAAGGUUCCUUUUUUUUUUUCCUAUUGUACAUGAACAAGAAAAGUUUCUUUGCCAUCCAACAAGAUGGAUUUCAUUAUCCAGUUGGGAUACUGUGUUAACAAAUUUCAUUAUGGUACACUGUAAUAUUACCAUCAGCUUCAUUAUUCUCAUCCCAAUUAUUUAGUCUCUUAACCAGUCCAUUGUUUUUUUCUUUAUAUUGAAAGUUUCAAAGCUUUUUCAA